GACCGGGGCCAAUCGGCGGCGGCGGUGCGCAUCGACGGCACGUCGCGUCAGCUGCCGUCGUGUCGGGAUUGGAAUGUUACCGACUAUAACAAUCGGAACAGCCGAGCGCUCGGUAAUUGGACACCGGGACCGAGGAAAAUCCCGUCUUUCAUUUGGAACACUCGCCCCCCCCCGUCGGAGAGCGAUCUCUCCGCUCCGGCUCCGAGCGCCGCGGCCGCUUCCACCCUCCAGCCCGCUCCACGCGUGUCGAAACCGGGGAAACUUUACGUGCUGCGUGGCCCCGGCGAGGGCUCCUUCUCCUCGGUCCGACACCGACACCGGCGGCGGCGGCGGCAGCGGCGGCGAGGCUGCGAGGGGAAGGCUGGAAUAACACGAGAGAGAGAAAUGCAGGGAUUCGUCCGGUUGCACUGAGCUGCUACGACGCGCGCACUCCUUUUUCUCUCCUCUCUCCCCCCUUCGCCGCGCACGGGACCAUGGAGCGAUAGAAGAGAGAGAGAGAGAGAGAGAGAGAGAGAGAGAGAGAGAGAGAGAGAGAGAGAGAGAGAGAGAGAGAGAGAGAGAGAGAGAGAGAGAGAGAGAGAGAGAGAUCUAGGACGGAUUCAACCCCGAGGCAUUUGGAUCCGGACGCACCGACGGAGGCUUAUUUCAUUUUUAUUUUGUAUUCAAUGUGUGAUCGGGGAUAAACAUCCCACAACCCGGGGUUGUACCUUUCCCCGUCUGGGGGAGCCUCGGGGACCCCUGCCGCUGCUCAUCUUCCUGAGGGACACACACAGAGAGAGAGAGAGAGAGAGAGAGAGAGAGUUCCCCCCACACGGCUUCUCUUCUCGGACAGUUUUUUUCCUCCUUCCCAUCCGAACAGCCGCUCCGCUCCGCUCCGCUCCGCGCGCCCCGGCCGUGCUGAAUGAGGGCGAGGAGGAGAGGCGCCGGGGAAGAGAGACGCCGCCGCCGCCGCCGCCGCAUGUGAUCUUAUCCGAGAGGGUCCGGGCAAGCGCUGGUGCCCUCCUCCCCCAAGCGCUCCUGCGCCGCCGCCGCCGCGCGCAAUGGUGAAGCUCCACGCGAGAGGGAGAGAGGGGCGACACUUUUGAUACCAACAAAUCAAAUCGCCCACAUGCACUGGACCACUCGCCGGAUUUGGGAAGCACACACGCCGAAGGGGGGUUGGGGAUCCGUGGAGGCUGCCGGAGGAUGGAGCGGUGCAGCCGGGGCUGGUGAGCGCUCGACCUGGGGCCACUUUACACUUGUUAUUCCUGCACGACUCGCCCCCGUUCCCGCGGACACAUGCAGGCCAAAAAACGCUACCUGAUCCUGCUGUCGGCCGGUGCGUGUCUGGUGCUGCUCUUCUGCCUCGGCGGGCUCCAGCUUCCAGCGGCGGGCCGGAGCCGCCACGACCGCCGCCGCAAUGGAUACCGGCCCGACCAGCCCUGGCCCCACUUCUCGGACCCCUUACACCCCUUCCUGCCCUGGGACCAGCCGGACACGGAGGAGUACAACGUGCACAUAUCGCCGGGUCAGAAGCGGGACGUCAACGCGGGCGUGUACAAGGGCAAGCGGUGCCGCGUGGACUCGUGCUUCGACUUCUCCCGGUGCCACCGCAACGGAUUCAAAGUUUACGUGUACCCGCAGCAGAAGGGCGAGAAGAUCUCCGAGAGCUACCAGAACAUCCUGUCCGCCAUCGAGGGCUCGAGGUUCUACACCUCGGACCCCGGCCAGGCGUGUCUGUUCGUCCUGAGCCUGGACACGCUGGACCGGGACCAGCUGUCGCCGCAGUACGUGCACAACCUGAAGACCAAGGUGCAGAGCCUGCCCCUGUGGAACGACGGCAGGAACCACCUCAUAUUCAACCUGUACUCGGGGACGUGGCCGGACUACACGGAGGAGCUGGGCUUCGACAUCGGCCAGGCCAUGUUGGCCAAGGCGAGCAUCAGCACGGAGAACUUCCGGCCCAACUUCGACGUGUCCAUCCCGCUCUUCUCCAAGGAGCACCCGCGCACGGGCGGCGACAGGGGCUUCCUCAAGUACAACUCCAUCCCGCCGUUCCGCAAGUACAUGCUGGUGUUCAAGGGGAAGCGCUACCUGACGGGCAUCGGCUCGGACACGCGCAACGCGCUGUACCACGUGCACAACGCGGAGGACGUGGUGCUGCUCACCACCUGCAAGCACGGCAAGGACUGGCAGAAGCACAAGGACGCGCGCUGCGACCGGGACAACGCGGAGUACGACAAGUACGACUACAAGGAGAUGCUCCACAACUCCACCUUCUGCUUGGUGCCCCGUGGCAGGCGACUGGGCUCCUUUCGCUUCCUGGAGGCGCUGCAGGCCGCGUGUGUGCCGGUGAUGCUGAGCAACGGCUGGGAGCUGCCCUUCUCCGAGAUCAUCGACUGGAACACGGCGGCAGUCAUCGGCGACGAGCGGCUCCUGCUGCAGAUUCCCACCACGGUGCGCUCCAUCCACCAGGACAAGAUCCUGUCCCUCCGACAGCAGACCCAGUUCCUCUGGGAGGCCUACUUCUCCUCGGUGGAGAAGAUAGUGCUGACCACACUGGAGAUCAUCCAGGACCGCGUGCUGGAGCACGGCUCGAGGAGCAGCCUGAUGUGGAACAGUCACCCUGGGGGGCUGUUCGCCCUGCCGCAGUACUCGGGAUACCUGGGAGACUUCCCUUUCUACUACGCCACGCUGGGCAUUAAACCGUACCCCAAGUUCACCGCGGUCAUCCACGCCGUCUCCCCGCUGGUGUCCCAGUCGCAGCCCAUCCUCAAGCUCCUGGCAGCCGUGGCCAAGUCCCAGUACUGUGCACAGAUUAUCGUCCUGUGGAACUGUGACAAACCUCUGCCCGCCAAGCAGCGCUGGCCCGCCACCUCCGUGCCCGUCAUCGUCAUCGAGGGAGAGAACAAGGUGAUGAGCAGCCGCUUCUUGCCCUACGAGACCAUAGUGACCGACGCAGUCCUCAGCCUGGAUGAAGACACAGUGUUGUCCACCACCGAGGUGGACUUUGCCUUCACUGUCUGGCAGAGUUUUCCGGAGCGCAUUGUGGGCUACCCCGCACGCAGCCACUUCUGGGACAGCAACAAGGAGCGCUGGGGCUACACGUCCAAGUGGACCAACGACUACUCGAUGGUCCUGACCGGGGCGGCCAUCUACCACAGGUAUUACCAUCAUCUCUACACCAGCUACUUGCCCACGAGUCUGAAGAGCAUGGUGGACCAGCUGGCCAACUGCGAGGACAUCCUGAUGAACUUCCUGGUGUCCGCCGUCACCAAGCUGCCUCCCAUCAAGGUCACGCAGAAGAAACAGUAUAAGGAGACCAUGAUGGGACAGUCUUCGAGGGCGUCUCGCUGGGCCGACCCCGACCACUUCGCCCAGCGGCAGACCUGCAUGAACAAGUUCGCCAGCUGGUUUGGCGGCAUGCCGCUCGUCCACUCGCAGAUGCGGCUGGACCCCGUCCUGUUCAAGGACCAGGUCUCCAUCCUCCGCAAGAAAUACAGGGACAUCGAGAGGCUCUGACAGGACUGGCGCCCCCUCGGGGGAGACCCCGCGCAGGGGGAGGCGCGAGGGACCGACUCGGCGGAGAGUAGACGUCGUAGGACUACGGCAGCAGCAGGAUGGACGGGGAGCGUCGCCGCUCUGUCUUCCACUCAGCACAUUGCCAAUGACCACGCCGCCACCGCCGCUGCCGCUGCCAGGACUUGACGCGGAGAGGGACGAGUAGGAAAAUCGAGCAGAUGGUGUUUGGAUUUGAAAAAAAAAAAAACACAAACAAAAAACAGUACACACAAAGCUGGUGGACAAGCCAAACAGUGCAGUGCGUGUUUCACACACGGCACCACACACACUACUGACGACGAGAAACUCUUGAAUAGAAGAAUAUUUUUUUGUACGACGCGAACAAGGAGCGACGUCGACUCCCCUGCUCAUUCGGCACAUGUACAGGACGGUAGAAGAGGGAAGGCGUUCGCGAACCUGGCAACCCCCCAGCCCCACCACAAAUCCUAUACCGGUCGCCCCUAGCAACCCCUGGACUCACUACCUAACCCCCUUUUUACAGCCUGGGAAACCCUGUUUCUUUAGUUGUACCGUUUUGUUUUGUUUUGCAGCGGUGUCCAGCCGUUGCUCUCCGAUAUCCUUGGAUAUCAACGCGCACACAUCCUUGAGCCUGAAGGUCUGAAAACAUCCCGCGUCUGUUCCCAUCUUCAGCUCAUUCCCUCUGUGAUCUGACGAUAUGGCUUUUGUUAACGGUCUAUCUGCUUCUCUGUUAUCGCCGAGAUAAGUUAGAAAAACAUCUCGCCUCAUAUCCCCGUUUUACCCAUGGCAGUUGUACUUUUCUUAUCUUUUUUUUUUUUUCCAUACUUUCAUCAUCUUUUAUUUCCCCACCCCCUUCAAACGCUCUGCAGUUUCACUCUCCUGCGUGUGUGAGAGUGUGUGUUUGUGUGCGUGUACAGAGCCCUUGAGAAGUUGGCUCAUCCAACCAUAAGCUCGAGUGGAGGACAUUUUCCCUCCGUUCGGAACGAGCGAAAUGAACAUUUCCGUAUGAAAUGGAGCAGAACGCUGCAUCCUAACACAAACUUGUUUCGCCCCCAUUAUUUUAUUUUAUUUUCCCGUCCUCGUCCCGCACGGCCUCAGAGAACCGUCGUUGCAGAGAAUAGCAGGGUCUUUUGGUGACCGGCGACAUUUCACAGUGCGAGUGCUUGUCUAGAGAGAUUCUUUUCUUUCUUUUUUUAACGCUGAGUGCCAUUCUGACAUCAGAGUCUGCCUUUUAAAAUUGUUUAUUGCACAUCACGUUGCCUACAUCAGUCUGAGAUGCCUCGGCGCUCUCCUGUUGAAGUAUUCUAGUCAUCAGUCCAAUGUUGCUCUCUCCUGCCGCCCUUUUUCCCUCCCUCCCUCCCCGUGACAUAUCAGAGGACCUCGGAGCCAUUAGGUUGACAAAAGGUUUUCUCCUCCAUUUGUCAGGCAGAGAUAUGUUUUGGGCUCCAAUUAGCUUAAACCCAUUUCAUUUUGGAGUGCCGCAUUAUUCCCCUGGGGAUGAGCUGUUGAUGAAACACUCUAACAUUAUGGGCCAUUGUGUUGUGAAAGCGGUGACCCACAAAUAUGACCUGCUGGAUAAUGCUAUAGCCUUGGGGAGGGCAGCUUUUUUUCUCUCUCUCUCUCCUCUCCCUCCCCUGCUCACAUCACAUCGUCAAACCGCCCCUGACAUUUUUUGCACCUUAAACAUCGGACGAGCGAAUGGGAAAUACUACAAAAUCAGCCGCCUCGACCUCUCGAUUGAACAUUUCAAAGAGGCUGUCUGAGAAAAUUGUCCGUCUCCGUGUUGUGUGCGCGCAGCAUGCGGCCGUCCCUCAUCUCGCUCACGCGUUCAGUUCGCAGACACUCUGAAUGAAAAGCAGUGUGCUUUUAGUGGCCUUUUCUGUGAGGCAGGACAUUCGGCACAAUGUCUCUCAGCCGAAGCAUGUCAGCGUGCGCGUUGAUCAGCGGCGGUCGUUCAACAGAGGUUCACGCUUUCAAUACUGCUACAGCGUCUCAUAUCGAAUCCCUCAUCCAUCAUUGUUUUGAAUAUGAUGUUUGUAUUUUGACAUUCUGGGACUUUUAAAGUUUGGAUUGUGUUUUUUUGGGGGGGGGGGGCCAGGAGAGAUUUAUGAUUUGUUUAAUGCCGAGUCACAACAAAGUGUUGAAACAUCUGCAACAUGUGAUUCUGAGAAAAAACUUCUCUCAGUCUGCAUCUGGUGCCCAUUUCAUCCUCAGAGAACCAUAUUGUUUGAAUCCAUAUCAAAGCCUUUUUUUUUAUGUCUGAUUGUUUCAAUCACUGUUGUUGAUCAUCCUUGAGAGAACCACAUCCCCCAGCUUUGCAAAAAAAAAAAAAAAAACACACCACCACCAACCACCACCCAUUUCAAAUCCCUGCAACUCCCAGCUCUGUACAUAGACAUAUUUAUUUUUUGGAAAGAAAAAAAAAACUUUAAGAAAGAGAAAAAAAAAGAGCACCGUACGAUUCGAGAUGCCGUGGCGAGAACAUACGACUGAUCCGGCAUCGCUGAGAGGAGCUAAUGGUAUUUAUUCAUUUUUAUUCUCCACACGCUGCGCACGUUUAUCCAAACAGAUGCCGAUACACAACUCAUGUUAUGUUUCACUCCGCAUUGGUCCAUCACGAGAGAGAGAUGUUCAGAGUCGUAAGAAUCGGGAGUUUUGACUCCUGAACAAGAUUGCAUACGCCGGCGAUGGGAGGAGGAUUGGAUUGGUCCGCAACCAUCUUGCCUCUCCACGGGAGUCAAAUUGCAAAGCCCCAAUAAAGACUACGCCAUACGGAAACACGGGGAAUAAUAAGCAGCUGAGUCCCCUUUUACCAGAUGGAAACAGUUUUUUUAGAUGCUGUUGUAACAUCUUCCCCCCACAAUGCAUUUGCAAUUAUGGGUCUGGGGCUCUGACACAGUUUGUAUUUAAAUUGCCUCUUUCACAGCUUGAUUUCAGGGGCAGAUAAGUUGGCAACAGAAAUCUGGCGUCUCUGCCAGAGUGAGACGAGUGUGAGUUAAAAAAAAACGCCUGAGGAACAUUAUGCAAGUUAUCGUUGUCGGGAAGGUUUUUACCCCCAAAAAAGUUCCGCGCAGUCGGUCAUUUGUUUUCUGGAAACCAGUCUGUUCUUGAUUUGUGCCUUCUUUUUUUUCCUUUUUUUAAAUCAACAUUUCAGUUCUUGAGUCUGUCCGAGAGCAUUUCCAGUCGACGGGCCGCAGUGACGCCGCGCAGCCCGAGCCUUUCGUACACUGGAUGAGACACAGCUUCCAUUCUCUCAUUAUGAAACACACCCUCGUUUUCAUCUCUGUGUGUUUUAGGUGGGGACACUGUUGCUAAGGCGACCACGCAUGACCACUCCCCGUUUUGGGAUUAUUUAUCAGUUUGAUCGGCUGAAUCACGUCAGCACGUCGAUCUGUGACGGACUGUCCUGAUGCCUUCUCCUCCCUCCUACCUUGUAAUUAACAGAAGACUUUUAUAGGGGUCACAAAUGAAAUAGAUAAAAUGCCAAUUUUGUAAGAAUGAUUUAUAAAAAAUAAACUCAUAUUUGAUGAUAA